AGAAACAAAGAGAUAGGGGACCAAAGGGCAAAUGGCCCCAUAGCUCAAAUUCCUUUCCUUCUCCCUCCCUCUCUCUAUUUUUCCGCUCAAUUUGGAAAAUCGCAGCAUACAAAAGAAACAAAUGCUUAUACGUUUGCCUUUGCUUCUCCUUCGGGUUUCCGUUAUCCCAAUAUUUCCUCCAUUUCUUUUCUUUCCAUAACAAAACCCAAAAGAAAAGAAAAAGAAGUCUUUUUUUUCCCCACAUUUUCAGUUUUUUUUCCUCUCAUUGUUAAUUGUAGAACUAAUUUUGGGAUUGAUUUUGCACUGAUAAUUAUGUCAGUGUUAUUAUAAACUUUGUGAAAAAAUAUAGAUAAAGAGAAGGGGGAAAAAAAAUACAAACAAAAGAUGCAGGUUGUUUGCAUAUUUGAGAUAAUGUAAGAAGUAUUUGAAGAUCAGACAAUGACUAAUCGGAAUACGGAAGCUCCUCAGGGCGAAGGUGGUAAUAAUGCUGUGGCUGCUGCACCACCUCCGCCUUCACCUUCACCGCAGGGGUCCAAUGAUAGUCUGAUUUCUCGCGGUAAUAGCAAGGUUUACAAAAGUGGUCCUCUUUUUCUAUCAUCAAAAGGAAUUGGAUGGACAUCAUGGAAGAAGAGAUGGUUUAUCUUAACACGUACAUCGUUGGUCUUCUACAGAAGUGAUCCUAAUGCAGUUCCUCAAAAGGGGGCUGAAGUGAAUCUGACCCUUGGUGGUAUAGAUCUCAACAGUUCAGGCAGUGUGGUUGUCAAAGAGGAUAAAAAACUCUUGACGGUUCUAUUUCCUGAUGGUCGAGAUGGACGAGAUGGACGAGCUUUUACUCUAAAGGCAGAGACAUUAGAGGAUCUCUUUGAGUGGAAGGCUGCGCUUGAAGAAGCUUUGGCAAAUGCUCCAAAUGCUGCUCUUGUUAUGGGACAAAAUGGUAUAUUCAGGAAUGAUCAGGGCAAUAUUGCUGAUGCUUCUUCAGAACAAGCGAAGGAUAGACAACCAGUCAAAUCUUUGGUCAUUGGGCGACCAAUUUUACUUGCUUUGGAAGAUAUAGAUGGAACUCCAUCUUUCUUGGAGAAAGCCUUGAGGUUUCUGGAGGAUCAUGGAGUUAGAGUUGAAGGCAUUUUACGACAAGCUGCAGAUGUUGAUGAUGUUGAACGCCGAAUUCACGAAUAUGAACAUGGGAAAAGUGAGUUUUCUUCAGAGGAAGACGCACAUGUUAUAGCAGACUGUGUCAAGUACAUUCUCCGGGAGCUACCAUCUUCUCCAGUUCCUGCAUCUUGCUGUAAUGCCCUGUUAGAAGCGUAUCGAACUGAGCGCAGCAUGAGAGUCACUGCAAUGCGCACAGCCAUAUGUGAGACAUUCCCGGAGCCAAAUCGGCGCUUAUUGCAAAGAAUUCUUAUGAUGAUGCAGACUGUGGCUUCUCACAAGGCUGAGAGAAUGAGCAUUUCAGCUGUGGCAGCAUGCAUGGCACCUUUGCUGCUGCGUCCCCUUUUGGCUGGUGAUUGUGAACUUGAACAUAACUUUGACAUGGGUGGUGAUGGUUCUGUUCAACUUCUGCAGGCUGCCGCUGCAGCAAACCAUGCUCAAGCCAUCGUUAUCAUUUUGCUUGAGGAGUACAAUAACUUAUUUGGGGAAGGUCCUGUAUCACCUGAACCAUACACAGAUUCAGAAGAGAGUGGAACUGAGACUGAUGAACUCACUGAUGAUGAUGAAACCUAUGAAGACGAAGAUGAUUAUACAACAGAGGGCUCUGAUGCAGUUGCAGAUGAUGAUAGUGAUCAUGCAUCCGAUACAACAAGUACUGAGAUUGAUGGAACAGAAGAAAAUAAUAAAGAGUCAGAGUGUUCAAACUCAGGUUUCAAUAUUCCUGAAGUGGAAGAUCCAGGAAAUUCCGGGGGGAGUAAUGAUGAUUCUAAAGUUAAAGAUGAUGACCCUGAUGGUGGUCUAUUGGUAGGUGAUCCUGAUGAAACAUCCAAUGUUAACAAGUCGUCCUUGAGAUCUUCAACAGGGCAAGCUCAGAGUGUCCGUCGGCCUGCUAAUUGGGGCCGUACUCCUGGAAGGAAGAACCUCUCUAUGGAAUCUAUUGAUCUUACGCUUGAAGAUGAGCCUGAAAUCCAGAGACUAGAGGCUGCCAAAGCUGAAUUGCAAACUAGAAUUGCAGAAGAGGCUAAAGAGAAUGCACAUUUGCAAGCAAGUUUAGAAAAACGGAAGAAUGCUUUGCAUGAUCGUCGUCUUGCUCUUGAGAGAGAUGUGGCAAGAUUACAGGAGCAGUUGCAGAAGGAGAGGGAGUUGCGGACAGCACUCGAAGCUGGACUUAGAAUAUCUCAAAGACAGUUAGCUGUCUCAUCUACCAUUGAUGAAAAGAUGACGGCUGAGAUCCAGGAAAUUGCUCAAGCAGAGGCAGAUGUUAUCAGUUUGAAACAGAAGGCUGAUGAUCUUGGACUGCAAUUAAAUCAGCAACGUGAACAAAAUUCAAGGUUGCAGCUCGAUAUAGGCAAUCAACAACCAAGUUCAAAUAAUAAAGCAAAAUGGAAGGAUAGGCAGAAAAAGGUGGAAACUGCAUCUACUCCACGUAAUAAUGAAAAGUUAACAAGAAGUAAGCACGAUAAUCGCCCCGAUAAGGCAGAUAGUGACAAAGAUAAGAACGAAGAAUCUCCUUUUUACACCAAUGAAAGUUCACUUCAGAACCAGCAAACAGAUCAAGUCCUUUAUCAGAGCGCUGGUGGAAUUUUGGCAAAUACACCCCCUUCUGAACAAGGGGUGGUCAGGCCUGCUUCAACAAUACUAGAGUCCAGUUCUAGAAGUGAGGGAACUAACUCUACCUCUUCUGCACUGUCAAAACUAACAACCCGACUCAACUUCUUAAAGGAGCGACGCACUCAAAUUGCAAAUGAGAUCCAGAAUAUGGACAAAAGCCGGAGUUCUGGUCUGCCUGUCCAAAAUCCUGAGAGAGGUAAAGGAUCUGAAGCACGUCAGUCACUUCAGAAUACAGAGAAAUUGCAAGUUUCUGAAGGUCAAUCAUCAGAAAAAAAUGAAAUAUUGGAUAGCUACAACCAAGCACUUCCUAAUUUUGAUGGUCAAUCAGAUCAGGGAAAAAGACCAGAUGCCCAUCCAAACCUGGACAGAGGAAAAUCUGAAAGCUUCCCACCAGUUGACAAAGGCCGAUCAAAGGUCACUCCAAGGAUAAAUUCUAGAUGAUACGAAGUUCUUUCUUGAAUUUGCCACUCAGGUUCAUGUAUUCCGCUACAGGGACUACAUUGUGGAUACGUUGGGGGCUUUGAACUACCAAGUUGUGAUCAGAGACACUUAUACUCAGCCCCCAUGCUCUGAAAACUGCUGAUGGAAGCAGACACUCCCCAUACCCCUUAAUGUACAGGUUGGCCAUCUAUAAGAUGGGAAUCCAACUGUUUGAGAAGUUGAAUAAUAGCUGGUUUUUGCUUGUUUAGGUGCCCAAUGAAUUUCCAUUUCUGCAAAUGCAAUCCGUGAUUUUCCUCGCUAGCUGAAGCGUAAUGUAAUGAACCUCGUGAUACUGUCCUAUUUUCAAGCUGUCAAUUGGAGCUUGAACUUUGGCUGGCAAAAACAAAAACAGAAAGGAAAAGUUUUGAUUC